UUAUCCUUAGGAAGCGUUAGCUCAAUUCGAAUUUUAACGCAGCUACGUGUAUGACGAUUAAAAUUAUUGUAAAAAUCUGGAAUACUAAAGAAUAACAAAAAAUCGAGAUGUUCCUGAAUUUUUUUAAUUUUAAAUUACAAAUUAUUAACAGCUUGCAGUAAAUCAUUGCACUUCUUUUGAAAAUAUGGGAGAUGGCAUGAAUCUUUCCAAUGCAUUCGGACAAAUCGUCGAAUCUUUGGAUGUUUUUAAAAAUAAAAAUAUUAAUUACGUAGCAUUAAUAAUUCCUUUAGAAAAAAUAAGAAAAUCAAUGCCAAAUCGUUUCGAACUAUGUCAAGGAAAUCCAGGAAUUGAUUUUCAUUUAAUAAGGGAUGAAAUACAUGAUAAUAAGUUUAGCUGUAGCAUUGAAUUUUUACAGACACUACCAAAUAAACACUAUGAAAUUACACUUUAUCAGUUAAACGCCGAAGGUGAAAUUAUAAUUAAUGAUACAAUCAACUUAGCCAACAUAACACAAAGUACUAAUUAUAAAUUUAACAAACAAUUUUCUUGGGUCAGUGAAUGGUGUGUUAAUUCACAUAUUUACAUGCUGUGCAAAAUACAGGAAGUAAAAUCAUCUGCGAAAAUAGAUAUUCCAAAAAAUGAAAUGUCUGCGAAAAUUCUCUCUUUAUAUGAAGAAAAGGAAUUAACUGAUUUUAAAAUAAUCUGCAAAGAUAAAGAAUUUUGCGUUCAUAAAAUGAUUCUUGUGUGUCAAUCCGAUGUUUUUCGAGCGAUGUUUGAAAAUCCAAUGAAAGAAUCUCGCGAAGAUGCUCUCAUAAUAAGUGAUUUUGAACCGAAAAUUGUGGAAGCUAUGAUUCGUUAUCUAUAUACAGAUGAAAUGACAGAAUCACUUUCUGAAGACGAAUUCAAGCAAUUAUUAUUAAUUGCAAACAAGUAUAAUUUGGAAAAAUUGGAAAGUAUUUGCUUCAACGAGAUUUUGAAAGAAAUAGUAACUUUUAAGCAAGCUGCUGAUUUAAUUCUUUUUACUGGAUCUCACAAUUUUAUCGAUUUGACAAAUUUUGUAGUUGAAUUUAUGAAAGAAAAUAAAAAUGUUUUGUCGUAAAGAAUUCUUCGUUAAAUACAAGCGCUAACACGUUUUUACGUUAAAACCUAAAAAAUUUUUUGUUCUAUUUAUUGUUGAAAAUUAUUCUUCUUUCGGUUGAACCGAAAAAUUGUCAUGUAAAUUUCUUUAUUGUAUGAUUUAAUAAAAUUACGUUGUAUAUUAACAAAAUCUCCACAUUAAAAUUAUUUUUAACUACAUACUA